AAUAGGCAAGGCAUGUGCUGGCAGCCGUGACUGGGGAAGAAGUUUCUGGGCCCAGUAGAAAAUGUAGGUAGACUUAGGGUUAGUUAGCAGCUGUCCGGAACUUGUCCCUGCCCAUAAGACCCUAAAGGGCCCUCCAUUUUGACUAUCACCAGACAGUUAGAACUUGUCUCCUCCUCUGUGUCACCCAGCAAGAAGUGCUCAGGGGCUGUGCCCGGCAGGACCUCCCUGCCCAGCAGAACAGUAGGGGAGCCACGUGGCCCAGACCCACCGUGGACUACCGACUGUUUGCUGCCUCUCUGCCUCCCUCUUCACCUCGUUCUCUUCACCGAUACCUACCGUUGGCUUGGAACUCAGAGAUCCAUAUCCAUCUAGAUGGUUGAUUUUGAUGAUGUGGCUGCAAUAAACCCAGAACUCUUACAGAUUCUUCCCUUACACCCCAAGGACAAUCUGCCCCUGCAGGAAAAUGUAACAGUCCAGAAACAAAAGCGCAGAUCAGUCAACUCCAAAAUUCCUGCUCCAAAAGAAGGUCUUCGCGGCCGCACCACUCGCAUGUCCGCCAUCUCAGAGAUCCGCAUCACCACUCAGGAGAAUGACAUGGAGGUGGAACCUCCAGCAUCUGCACACUCCCGCAAGCAGUUCUCAGUUCCCACUGCCCCCCCUAGGCCCUCCUUCCCUGCAGUGGCUGAAAUACCAUUGACGAUGGUCAGCAAGGAGGCAGAAGAGCACGUCCAUUCCCUCCGCAGUGGCUCCUCUACAAACCCCGAGAAAUCAGUUCGGAGGAAAUCAUGUAUUGUGAAGGAAAUGGAAAAAAUGAAGAACAAGCGAGAAGAGAAGAGGGCCCAGAACUCAGAGAUGAGGAUAAAGCGAGCUCAGGAGUAUGACAACAGCUUUCCAAACUGGGAAUUUGCCCGGAUGAUUAAAGAAUUUCGGGCUACUUUGGAAUGUCAUCCACUUACUGUGACUGAUCCUAUUGAAGAGCACAAGAUAUGUGUCUGUGUUCGGAAACGCCCGCUGAAUAAACAAGAAUUGGCCAAGAAAGAAAUAGAUGUGAUUUCCAUUCCUAGCAAGAGUCUCCUCUUGGUGCAUGAGCCUAGAUUAAAAGUGGAUUUAACAAAGUACCUGGAGAACCAAGCGUUCUGCUUUGACUUCGCAUUCGAUGAGACGGCUUCAAAUGAAGUAGUCUACAGGUUCACAGCAAGGCCUCUAGUGCAGACGAUCUUCGAAGGGGGAAAAGCAACCUGUUUUGCAUAUGGCCAGACAGGAAGUGGCAAGACACACACUAUGGGUGGAGACCUCUCUGGGAAAGCCCAAAAUGCAUCCAAAGGGAUCUAUGCCAUGGCCUCCCGGGAUGUCUUCCUCCUGAAGAAUCAGCCCCGCUACCGGAAACUGGGCCUGGAGGUCUAUGUCACGUUCUUCGAGAUCUACAAUGGAAAGCUAUUCGACCUGCUCAACAAGAAGGCCAAGCUGCGCGUACUGGAGGAUGGCAAGCAACAGGUGCAGGUGGUGGGGCUGCAGGAGCACCUGGUUAACUCUGCCGAUGAUGUCAUCAGGAUGAUUGACGUGGGCAGCGCCUGCAGGACCUCUGGGCAGACGUUUGCCAACUCCAAUUCCUCCCGCUCCCACGCCUGCUUCCAGAUUCUUCUUCGAGCCAAAGGGAGAAUGCAUGGCAAGUUCUCUUUGGUGGACCUGGCAGGAAACGAGCGAGGUGCAGACACUUCCAGUGCUGACCGGCAGACCCGCAUGGAGGGUGCAGAAAUCAACAAAAGUCUUCUGGCCCUGAAGGAGUGCAUCAGGGCGCUGGGACAGAACAAGGCUCACACUCCAUUCCGUGAGAGCAAGCUGACACAGGUGCUGAGGGACUCCUUCAUUGGGGAGAACUCGAGGACUUGCAUGAUUGCCAUGAUCUCACCAGGCAUCGGCUCCUGCGAAUACACUCUAAAUACACUAAGAUACGCAGACAGGGUCAAGGAGCUGAGCCACAGCAGUGGGCCGAGUGGAGAGCAGCCCAUUCAGAUGGAAACAGAAGAGAUGGAAGCCAGCUCUAAUGGAGCCCUGAUGACUAGCAAUCUCUCCAAGGAAGAGGAGGAACUGUCUUCGCAGAUGUCCAGCUUUAACGAAGCCAUGACUCAGAUCAGGGAGCUGGAGGAGAGGGCCAUGGAGGAGCUCAAGGAGAUUGUACAGCAAGGACCAGGCUGGCUUGAGCUCUCUGAGAUGACGGAGCAGCCAGACUACGACCUGGAGACCUUUGUGAACAAAGCGGAAUCUGCCCUGGCCCGGCAAGCCACGCACUUCUCAGCCCUGCAAGAUGUCAUCAAGGCCUUGCGCCUGGCCAUGCAGCUGGAAGAGCAGGCUAGCAAACAAAUGAGCAGCAAGAAACGGCCCCAGUGACGACUGCAAAUAAAGAUCUGUUUGGUGUC